AUGAACCCCGAUCAUUAUAUAUAUAACACCAUUUCAGCACAAUCCAACAUUACUUACGACUCAGGAUCGAGCAAUACUAGUACCGAGUAUGCGCAAGGACGCCAAGGGCCUGGGGAUGGGGCAACAACCCUACUUGAUGGCAUCAACGAAGAAUACGAAUACGACAGCGACACAUGGUCUGUUGAUCACUCUGAAGGAGGCGAGGAGGAUGACAGCAUAUUGAAAUCGAUGAAGAUUCCUGAAGAUACAAGGAUCAAACCCGGUUUGAAUUAUGAUAUCGAUUCGAAAAACCGUAUAUAUCAUAUCCCUCCAACGAUGAUUGUCGUAGAGAUCGGUUGGACAACCACAACUAACAGAAAGACAAGAGUACGAAGGCCUUUCGUCGAUAUUAGUGGAUAUACAAAUACUUUCAAUUCUGACCUUAGGUCUGAAACGGGGUUGAAUCUUGGUAAAUUCAUGUCUUCAACACAUUGGUCUCAAAAGAUUGACGAUCUCUAUCGAUCUGUUGAUGAUACCAACAACCUGUCUAUAUUUCAAGAGAUCGCCAAUAAGGAAUAUAAAAGAGAGAGACAUACUUUGGAAAAUAUGGAAUCAGCUGUGAUUGAGAUGCUAUAUUCCCAAGAAACUGAAAUGGACAAAAGGGGAAAUGAUCAGAUUCACAUUAGGGUUUUGACCACUGAGGAAGCUACGGAUCUAAGAGAUAAUAGGGGAUAUUCCAGAUGGAAAAGAAGGAAUAAGACGAUAAUCUCAUAA